UAUUGUCAAUUGAUAGCAUAAAGGCUCACUCUGAUAAACGAGCUUUACUUACAGUAAAUUUCAGUAUUUAUUGUAGGUUUAUUUAACAUUUCUCAUAUUUAAGUGUACGGAAAUUAAUCUAUCAUGUUAUUUACCGUACUCGGAGUAAUUGCUCUCUUCCUGAGAGAAAGAACCAUCAAAUCCACCGUCUCAGGUCAAGAAGAAAGAUUCGACCGUCAGGAAGGAUUGGUCACGGCACCCCCAGUGACUAACAGUGAUGGUCGAGAAAUCGGUGACUGGUGUGAAGAUUCAUCUUUGCAUCUGGAGGAACAGAUCAAUGUUCAGACUGAGGAACCGUCACUGGAGGAACCUGUUGAUGAUCAUAGUGAAGAACAAUCACUGGUAGAGCCUGACAGAGUUCACGGUGAAGAACAAUCACUGGUAGAGCCUGACAGUGUUCACGGAGAAGAAUCAUCACUGGUAGAGCCUGUCAGUGUUCACGGUGAAGAACAAUCACUGGUAGAGCCUGACAGUGUUCACGGUGAAGAAUUAUCACUGGUAGAGCCUGUCGAUGGUCACAGUGAGGACUUAGCCAGCUCCUCCAGCAGUGAUGAUGUUCCUCCAAACAUUUUCUACGCUGAGUCCAGCAGUAGUGAUGACUUCCCUCAAGAGUUUUACUCAGCCGGAUCCAAAUGUAGUAGUGAGCUCACAGCCAGCUCCUACAGCAGCUUCUUCUCUGCUGAGUCCGGCUGUGGUGAUGACCACUCUACAGAUUUUCUGUCCGCUGAGUCUGGCUGUGGUGAUGACCCCUCUACAGAUUUUCAGUCCGCUGAGUCUGGCUGUGGUGAUGACCCCUCUACAGAUUUUCAGUCCGCUGAGUCUGGCUGUGGUGAUGACCCCCCUCCAAAUGUGGUCUCUGCUGAGCCUGGCUGUAGUCAUGAAGACCCUCCAAAGGUGGUCUCUGAAAAGCCCGGCUGUAGUCAUGAUGACCCUCCAAAGGUGGUCUCUGAAAAGCCCGGCUGUAGUCAUGAUGACCCUCCAAAUGUGGUCUCUGCUGAGCCUGGCUGUAGUCAUGAUGACCCUCCAAAUGUGGUCUCUGAAAAGCCCAGCUGUAGUCAUGAUGACCCUCCAAACGUGGUCUCUGCUGAGCCUGGCUGUAGUCAUGAUGACCCUCCAAAUGUGGUCUCUGCUGAGCCCGGCUGUAGUCAUGAAGACCCUCCAAAGGUGGUCUCUGCAAAGCCCGGCUGUAGUCAUGAUGACCCUCCAAAGCCCGGCUGUAAAGCUGCCGCUCAAGGUGCAACCUGUCAGACGAAGGGCGCUGUUCCACAUCAUCCAAAACAGCUGAAUUAUAGAAACACACACAUCAUGGAUAUCAACUUCAAGAUGUAUGAAAUUGGCGCUAAGCUGGGCAAAGGAGGCUUUGGAACCGUUUACACUGGGACCCGUAUAAAAGAUCGCCUUCCGGUGGCAUUAAAAGUGGCUGACUUCAAGGUUAAGCAAUUCAUCCAAGUUGAUGAUUUUCUCCAGCCACUUCCAGCGGAGAUCGCUCUGCACUUUCUUGCCUCUAAAGGCCCCAAAGCUAAACCAAUUGUUAAGCUUCUGGACUGGAAAGUGGAGGCUAAUCGUUACUUACUAGUCCUAGAGCGGCCCGUACCCUGUGAGAACUUAUGGGAAUUUCUAUGUAAAUACGACGGUAGAAUCCCAGAGAAGAUAUUAUGGAAAAUCAUGUUCCAUACAACAAUUGCAGCUGACAUCUGCUGCAAACGUGGAGUGCUUCACCGCGAUAUCAAGGCUGAGAAUUUGCUGAUUAACCUGCGGACCCAUCAAGUCAAACUGACUGACUUUGGGUGUGGUGAACGCCUUACUAGGAGCUGUUACAAAGAGUACUGCGGUAAGUAAAUCCUUCAAAGCUCUAAGGAGCUCUUGUGAUGGGGCAAGGGUCAUUCACAUGAGACUCUUAAAACAUCCGCUGUUGUUUAUCCAUACCAGGGGUGCCAAAGCUCAGUCCUAGAGGGCCGGUGGCCUACAGAGUUUAGCUCCAACUUGCUUCAACACACCUGACAGGAAAUGUCUAAUAUACUUAGAAAGAGCUUGAUUAGCUCGUUCAGUUGUGUUUAACUGGGGCUGGAGCUAAACUCUGCAGGACACAGAUCCUCCAGAACUUGGUUUGGGCACCCCUGAUCUACACUGUUGUUUGUGGAAAUUUAGAUGAUGUGCUAAUGGAAACAAAAUCUCUUUCUUUCAGGCACACCACAGUACUGCCCUCCCGAGUUCAAUAGCACUGGCUUAUACUACGGGGAGCCAGCGACAGUGUGGUCACUCGGGAUUCUUCAGUAUUUGCUAAUGUUCAAAAAAUUUCCAGACUACCAUGACCUCCAAAACUUGACUUUCACAAAUUUAGGGCAAUAUGGAUGGUCAAAAGGUGAGAUCUUCACUUCAGCUAAAGAUGGUU